GAGCAGUGCAUGACUGCAGCCAAAGAGAUGCUGGCCGCGGUCACCGGUAGCAGUCGCCCCGCUUCUGCCAUUAGCGACGACAUGAUCCGCCAGCUUCUGCACGACAAGAUGGCCAGCGAGCUCGGCGAGAGGAUGCGGUCCUGUAUGGACCAGGCCCAGGACAACACAGCGAAGGAAGCUUGCCGGACCACGCUUGCCACUGAAGCCCUUGGUGUGGCGCGCGGUGCACAAGGCGGCGGAGCACCUUCCCGCACGGACAUGGAGGAGGCCCUGAAAGAAGCAGGCCGCGACAAGGCCAAGGAGGUCAGCAAGGACUGCCAGGGCAGCCGGGAGGAGUGCAUGGAGCGCAUUCGGGACGAGGCUGCGAGGUCCAUGGGCCUCAGCAAGGAGGACCUGUCGGACAUGGAG